AUUUUAUUACUAGGGAAAGGCCUUCUUGCGAUCCUCUCUUCCUUCAAACUCUAUUUUGUCCAAAUAAGGCAGGCCUUGGACUGGGUUCGCUCUUGACAGAAUAGGACCAAAAUAAAACAAUUAGACUGUUUCACUGUGGUCCAACUCUCUCCAGACUCUAAAGAUCCUUACGGAAUGGACAGUUGAGCUUUGGGCCUCUCCCCUCAUAAGGGGAGGGUGCUGAUGGUUGUGCGACACUGCCAAGCCCUCCUUUUGGGGCUCUUGUUGCUCAGCGGGGUUGGAAGAAGCGUGCAGCAAGACAGCUUGGUUCUACCACUGAGGAGGCGUGAUGGUGGGAUCAUCGCUCGGGGUCUCCUGCGCAACGCGACGCUGCCAUUGCACGGCGCUGUGAAGGACUAUGGUUAUUUUUACGCAACACUACAUUUGGGCACUCCCGCACGGCAGUUUGCGGUGAUCGUGGACACAGGAAGCACCAUCACAUAUGUUCCUUGUGCAUCAUGUGGACGCAAUUGUGGGCCGCAUCACAAGGACGCUGCGUUUGAUCCCGCCAGCUCAUCGAGUUCAGCGGUGAUCGGGUGCGACAGCGACAAGUGCAUAUGCGGGCGGCCGCCGUGCGGCUGCUCUGAAAAGCGCGAGUGCACCUACCAGCGCACAUACGCGGAGCAGAGCAGCAGUGCGGGGCUGCUGGUGUCGGACCAGCUGCAGCUGAGGGAUGGGGCGGUGGAGGUGGUGUUUGGGUGUGAGACAAAGGAGACGGGGGAGAUCUACAACCAGGAGGCAGAUGGCAUCCUGGGCCUGGGCAACUCAGAGGUGUCGCUGGUCAAUCAGCUGGCGGGCAGCGGCGUGAUAGACGACGUGUUCGCGCUGUGCUUUGGGAGCGUGGAGGGUGACGGGGCGCUGAUGCUGGGUGACGUGGACGCGGCCGAGUAUGACGUGGCACUGCAGUACACCGCGCUGCUGUCAUCAUUAGCUCACCCCCAUUACUAUAGCGUCCAGCUGGAGGCUCUGUGGGUGGGUGGCCAGCAGCUGCCUGUCAAGCCGGAGAGGUAUGAGGAGGGCUAUGGCACAGUUCUAGACAGCGGUACUACUUUCACGUACCUUCCGUCCGAGGCGUUUCAACUGUUCAAGGAGGCUGUGUCUGCCUACGCCCUUGAGCAUGGGCUGAACAGCGUCAAGGGACCAGACCCCAAGGAGAAAUCUUUUGCGCAGUUCCACGACAUCUGCUUUGGCGGCGCUCCGCACGCGGGCCACGCGGAUCAAUCAAAGCUGGAGAAGGUCUUCCCAGUCUUCGAGUUGCAGUUUGCAGACGGAGUGCGGCUGCGCACAGGCCCGUUGAACUACUUGUUCAUGCACACGGGGGAGAUGGGCGCGUACUGUUUAGGCGUCUUUGACAACGGCGCGUCGGGCACGCUGUUGGGUGGGAUCUCGUUCCGCAACAUCCUGGUGCAGUACGACCGGCGCAACCGCCGCGUCGGCUUCGGCGCAGCUUCCUGCCAGGAGAUCGGCGCCCGGCAGGUCACCGCUGCCACCGGAUUCGGACUGUGCACAACCACCACCUGGCGCCCCCGGCAGCCACUCACAGCAAGCCGCAGGCUGGUGUUCGCGUGGGUGGCGCUAGCUAUGGUACUGGCCACAGUGGGAGGCCUGUUAUUGCACACGCGCUCGGUCUGGGUCCCGGCGCUCUCCGACCUGUUUUUGUCGAUGCGUUACGGGAUCAGCGGCCGCAGCCGUUACGGGCGCCAGAAGGACACUACGGACGAGCUCGGCCUGAUCAGGCUCGAGGCAGGCAACGGCCAUGCAGGGGACACGCUAGAGCCGAGGGCCAACGGCAGGGCUGGCAAGCCGGGGGCCUCCCCUUAUGGGUCGGAGUGGUCGGUGACCGAUGAGGGCAGCCCAACAAAUGGGCGCGAUGUGGAGAGGGACUUGGGAAUAAGUGGUGCGGCUUCCGAGCCCAGUUUUAUUGCUACAUUUGCCGGCAGCGACAGAGAUGCACCUAGCCGUGCUUCAGAAAACAAGCAGUGAGGUUGAGGUACUGUCUGCUGAAGCAGGUUGAAAUAAUGUGAGUAGAAUCAUGCCAAACACGGUUGUUGCAUCUGCAAUUCUGAUUCUGGCAAAGGCUGGCAUGUUGUUCACAAGACCAUUGCUGCAUUUUCAUUUCAUGCGCGCGCUUCAAGUUUGUAGUGUCCUGUGGACAUUCGUGGGUGUGGAUCAAUGGCACAAAGCCUCUUGAUAGUUCAAAGCAGAAUUUGUAUUUCUGCUCAAUAAUGCUCCAGGUUGUCGUCUGCAAUCAAUUCAUUUGAGCAUU